AUGGCUCUUAAGUCUGUCUUAGAAAUAGUAAUCCAAUUGGACACUUACAAAAAUAUAGAUCUCUAUCAGCAAGGCUUAUAUCAAUUGCAGAUUUCUUGUUAUUACAUGAAAAACGAUAGGAGAGUAUAUGCUGUUCCAAUUUCUUUAUCAAACAUAAAGACAAAAGAUAUCAACCCGAUUAAAUUAAACCCUCACGAUAUUCUUCCUGGAUCUUUGAAUGAAAAUAAAAAAACAGUGAAAUCUCGAGUUUUUUUAAUUCGAUAUAGUGAAGAAAAAGUCAAGCUAAACGAAAUUUCAACAUUUCAGCUAUAUAUGAAGUUACCAAAAAACAAGUCUGAGCAGGGAUUAAUCAUACAAUUGGAUUUACUAUUCAAAGAAAUCCCAGGAAAAAAGCCUAUUCUUGACAAUCUCGUCCAAUUGGCAAGAGAGGGAAACUUUCAAACUGUAAAAACUUGCCGAUAUAAUAUUUCAAAUCCUUUAAAAGGAAUCCAUGAGUAUUUUCCUGGGCUUUUUAACUCUGAGUAUUUUUCAAAUGUAGAUGGUAUUAUUCAUGCUGUUUUUUAUGAUUAUAAACUAACUGAAGACGAAUCCAGCGAUUUUAUGAAUUUUCUGUUCAAAGAUAAAAAAGGAAAAAUUAAAGCAUUUAUUGGUGGAGGAGAAAUCGAUAGAAAAUAUGAUGAAUAUGUAACUAAUUUAGUAGAAGUUCAUGAAGGGAUACGAAUUUUGAUUGAAAAAAUAAAAACUGAAUACGAGUUUUUGAAUAUUGAAGUGCCUCAACCUUUAAAGCUGCCGCUAUUAAGUGAAAAUUUAGAUGAAAAUGAGGGAAGUUUUGCAGAAAAAUUAAAUAGCCAUGAUCCAUAUGUAAUCAGUGUAAGCUUGUUAAGAGAAAUAAAACUAAUAGCUGGCUGCAUUUAUCAGGCAUUUAUGGUCUUAAGAGAAAUUAUAAUAAAAAAUUCAAGAAAAUCUUUGAAAUUUUUUAAAUUUUUCUACGAAGAAAAAAUAAUGGAAAGAUGUGCAGAAUUUUGCAUAAAAGAAGAAGGAAGAAAUUGAAAUCAGAUUUGAUAUAACAAUGAAGCAAAAAAAGAGCAUACAGCUUCAUCCAUAAAAAUAAGAGAAAAUCCAUAUUUUAGUAAUUUAGAGCCAUUAACUAUUCAAGAUACUGCCUUUUUUAGUAAUAUUGCAACCCAUCCGAUUUUAUAUGAGCAAGUUUGUUAUCCUGAUAGCUUAUCCUCUAAUAUGUUUUCUGAGAAAGUCUAUAGAAAAUCACUUACUCCCCCCGCUCCGUGAGCGAACAAAAAAAUCUUGUUCGCUCACUGAGGUGGGUUAAUUAUUUUUUUAAAAAAUUUAUAUAUAAAUUUUGAUAGAAAUUUUUUUUUUCAAAAAAUCCUACUUCGCAAAAAUUGGGAAAGCAAAUAUUAAUUUAAUUUAUUAAAUUUUAUGUUUUAAAACGCAAUUUGUUUAAAUUAAACAGAAUUAGUUCGAGAUUUCAUUAUACUAAUUAUCACUAUAUAUCAAAAUCUUUUUCAAUAAAAAAUUGUUCUAUUAAAAAAAUUUUUGUUCACUCACGGAGGGUGGGUUUUUGGGCAAAAAAUAGCGAUUUUUCUAAUGGUUUUGUUCGCUUACGGAGGGGUGGGAGUUAAAAAACUCCCCAUUCGAAAAAUUGAAGAUCUACAUAUAAUUGUACUGGUCCAUGGAUUUCAAGGGAAUUCCAAUGAUUUAAAAAUCCUAAAGAAUUAUAUUUCACUUGUAUAUACAAAAUGUUUCUUUUUAGAAUCGAAUUUAAAUGAAACAAAAACUGAUGGCGACAUCAAAGAAAUGGGAUUUAGACUGGCUAAAGAACUUGUGGGGUACCUCUCAGAAUGAUGUCCUGACGAAGCUCCAAGGAUUUCAUUUAUAGGGCACAGCUUAGGAGGGCUAAUUAUUCGUGCAGCUUUACCAUAUUUAGAUGCCUUAUCAGAUAAAAUGCAACUUUAUUUAUCAUUAUCUACCCCGCAUUUGGGGCUAAUGAAUUCAAGUAAGCUUUUAGAUGCUGGAAUAUGAUUUUUAAAAUUCAUUAAAAGGGUUUUAUCAUUGAAACAGCUUUGUUUGCAAGACUAUCAUAUACAAGAAGGGACCUUUAUUUACCAGCUAUCGCUAUCUGAAGGAUUGGAAUGAUUUAAAUAUGUAGUUCUUAUCAGCUCAGCUCAGGAUGAAUAUGCACCAUUUGAAUCAGCAAGGAUCGAGGUGCCUGGAAUAUAUGCUAAAGAAUUGAGUAGCGGAAGCAUUUAUGCAAAAAUGGUAGAAAAUAUAUUGAGGAGGCUAUCUAAUAGCUUUAUAUUGAAAUUAGAUGUAAAUUUUAAGCUUGAACAAUCAUUAGAUACUAUUAUUGGAAGAAGUGCUCAUAUGCAACUAUUAGAAAAUCAUGAGUUUUUAAGGAUGCUGGUUUAUCGCUAUCCACAAUUUUUUGAAUAA